AGACUUAGGUUUAAUGUCACCCAACCCUUUAAACCUACACAUAUUCCUACACUACUAUUAAAACAAUACCGAACACAAUAUAAAAUAUAAAAAAAACACUAACAAAUGGCGGUUAAACGAGCCCUCGACGCGGAAGUUAUCAAGCAAAAGAAGGUCCUGCGGAUACUGCGCUUCCAGAAACUCGUCCGCGCAGUCAUCAUGAACCAGGCUUGGCUUUCCGAUUCCGAGGAGCAGGGCAUCUCAAUGAACGUGAAGAAGAACGUGGCCCUGAUGCGGCAAAAACGCAAGCCGGGCAUGCUGACCAUGGCGGAGAAGGCCUUAAUGCGAUCAAAUCCCAAAUACAGGACUAUCGAGGACCGGAAGAAACUUUGCCUGCUUGUAGCAGGACUGGAAUGCUUCUCUAGAAUUCCGCCGAAAAUUCGUGCUCGCAUGGCGCCGAUUCUUGAGUUUAUGUACGUCAACGAAUCGCGAGUGAUUAUAGCGGAGGGAGACACGCCCAUUUCCGUUUAUUUUAUACUAAACGGAGAGGUCGAAAUGAAGAAGAACGUCUACAAUAAGACUACAAAAGAAUGGACUGAAGUGCCAGAGGCAAUAUUCGGUGCUGGCGACUGUUUUGGCGAUGUCGAGAUGACUGAGUCUUGCCCUAGAAUGAAUACCUAUACAGCCAUGGCUGGCUGCGAAUUGCUGGCUAUCUACGACUCGGAUUACGAACGCAUUUUAAAGCCUUUUAUGUUGAAGCAAUGGAACGAGAAGAAAAUGGCGUUAAAGGCCUUCGACUACUUUAAUUUCUUUACCACAGAGCAGAUUAUACUCGCCUGCAAGUAUGGCGUUCUGGCCCAGUACGAACCCUUGGACACAAUUUACUUGGGCGAAACGGGCUCCUUGGGCUACGCUCGCUUCGUUCUGAGUGGCGAAUGCGUCAUUCUGCAGUGCCUGAACAUGAAAGUCGAUAACAAGGACGGGGAGACCACUUUUGAGCUGGCUGCCAUCGAUGCGGAACAGGAGUUAACCAUGUUUAGGUCAAUGGGCCUACGCAGUCGUUCAAAUAUUUCGGACAUUGCAGACCUCUUGGCCUCGUCAUCCUCCUCCGACGAUCCGAGUGGCGGCAAGAAAAAGAAACAGACGAUGCGCCAUAUGAAUCUGCAGGAUAUUGAAAAGUUCUGCGGAAUCGGCCAGGAAGUACGCAAGCGAAAGAUACGGGAGAAGAAAACGUUAACUCCAGCUGCGCAGGCCAGGAGAUCGUUGCUGAUUCAGAGCCUGCGAAGAGGCACUCCCUACAGUCCAGUUAUCCUGGACGACGAUCUGGCUUCCGAGGAACAGGACAUGGACCUUGAUUUCGAUGAUGAUGAGGAUGUCUCCGAUAUCGACUCCAGUUUCUCCUCGUACGAUCGAGUCCUUGAUGCAAAUGUUGUGCAAUUGCAGUUGGGUCGCCGUGCCGAUAGUGAUGAGACGUCGAAGGGGAAGUCGAGUGCUUCUUUAGAAAUUUUCAGUGCCAGCUCCGUGACCGAGGAAAAUAGCAGCGCUGACUCAUCACCCAUCUCGGUUUACAAGGAUCCUAUCGAGACCCACUUCAUAGAUGUGGGCUCCCUCACAUACGGCAGCAUCUUUGGUCUGGGUGAGAAAAUGGAACAUCGUGUGAUAAUGGCGCGGACUGUAGUACAGUGCCUGCUCCUGCCACGCUACUGGUUACUGGAGGAGGAGCAGAACCCGGGCAACAUAUGGAACCGGCGACGUUUCUACUAUGAAUGCAAUGUACCGUCACGACAGGAUCUGUUUACCAACUUCCUGAAGACAAGGAAGUGGAAUAAGUUCCGACACGAUUAUAUCCAGAACCUGCUGGACGAAAAGACCAAUGCCCACAUCUCCAAGGAGGAAGAUAUCCCCAUUAUGUGUCGCAUCGUGGAGACCAGCGAUGAUACAGUAUAGACCUUGCUCCAGUAAGUCCUAAUUUGAAAUGCUUUGAAGAAUCUCCAGUUAAAUAAUAUGUAAACUUUAAAUUCGAAUGGGUAUCCAGAAAAACGAUCAUAAACUUUAAACAAUAAAUAUUUACCAAUAUUAAUAUU